CAGUCUUAAUAGGGGUAACAUAACAGUGCAGCAGACCAUGCCUCAUAAAGCAGCAGCCAGAGCACUCCAUGCCCAACUCCAACCAACCUUCUUAUUCCCCUGCUUUUUUCUCUUUCUCUUUCUCUUUCUCUUUCUGACUUCUUUUUAAACUCCCACCAAACAUCACAGCAGCAUCUCUCUCCUUCACCAACAAAUGGAGGACACUAAUAGGUGGAGGAGCAUUCCAGCUUUUGGCAACUGGGAAUUCUAUGAAGAGCUCCCAAUCACUCAGUACUUUGAAGUCCAUGCAAAACCAUCACAAAACCACCAUAAAAAGGUGAGGCAGAGUGCUAAAGGAACAGGUGCUGUUGUUCAUCAGAAUCAGAAUCAGAAACAGAGACAGAAACAGAAACAGAGUAAGGUUUGUGAUGUGCUUCCCCAAACACCACCAAAGAGAGUUAAACAUCCCAAGGCUGUAGAUGAGGACUUGUACAAGAUCCCCCCUGAACUCCUCCAACAAAAACCAAAGAGGAAAAGGAUGCUUGUGAGCUUCUUAAUAGGAUGCAUAGGGAUGAACUGCAUCUCUGCUUGAGCUUUAAGAUUGUACACUUGUUUUCAAGUGUGUGAGUGUAUGUGUUUUCUUUUGGAGUACUUGUUUUGGAUUUUUAUAUUAUCUUAGUGGUUGCAAUGUAUCUAAUUGAAUGCAUGAUGGGAUGUGUUUGUAGUGUGACCAGUGUCUUUAUUUUCAAGGAGGAGGAAAAUGGGUGCAACUUGCUUGACUUUGUUGUGCUUUUCUGGAGUCCAUUUUCUCCUCAAAGUUAACUUAUAUGUGUAUCUGUUUAUUUGAUUUGACAUUUUA